CGUGCCCCUCGACCCCCUGCAAACGCACGCCGACGCAAGCGGUAAGCGGCAAGGCUUGACUAUAUUCUCAUCUCGUAGCUGGUGGUGUUCCACUAGUUUGGGACUGCGUCUUCCGCACGGUAACGAGGGUGUACGACGCCUCGUAAGCAUCGGCUGCGGGUCGGUCUGAUAGUUGAGUUUAUUUAUUUGUUUAUUUAUUAUUUAUACACUCAUUUUGAACAUCUCUUAUACAUUCUCCCCGAGUGUGGUGUGUGUUUGGGUAGGAUGCUUGUGCGUGGGUGCGGUGUUGCACCACCCAACAAUUACCAGCACCACCACCGUAACAACGAAGAUAAUAAUAAUAACAACAACAACAAUAAUAGUAGUAACGAUAAUAAGUACGAGAGCGGCAGCGUGACCAGUGCGACGCCGAAUAUCAAAAACGAGAACAAAAGGAGCAGGAGCAAGAAGAAUCCCAGACUGACCGACGACAGUGCAGGGAAGAUAGAGCAGAAUAUUAUCGAGAGGUUUUACCUUUCUAAGUCGAUCUGCAGGGAUUGCCUGCACGAGAUAUUUUCCUCAAACCGCCGAAGAGCAGAUCAGCGAAGAGCCAGCAAAUUAUUUGUACUUAUUACGAAACGACGGUUAAUUGUGGUGUUGGUGGUGUUUGUUCUCGUUGAUAUCCCCGGAGAGGUUGACGCUCUAUCUUCGAGUUCUGUGCGGCGGGAAAUAAUAAUAUUAGUAGUAGGAUAUUUUUUUACUAUUUUCUUCCUUAGUACAUUUUAAUACGGUUUUUUAACCAACCGCCAAUAUUUACGAGUGCCUAGAUAACCGUUGUGGCGGUAAUAACAGAAACAUCUUCAGUGAUAAUAACUCAUUACCGCCAACAAUUUUACCAAAUAAUCAACAUCAUUGUAAUUAUCGUCAAAACUAUUACCCCGAAACGCAACAUCAACAAUCCGGAUUGACAUCGUCUACACAUCUCCUCAUGUUCAUCCCGGAUACUCUAAGGAGCUGUAUGGUGGAACCGGAUGUGUCGACAUAUCUUCAGGCUCCUUCCGUAGGACAGGAUGAGUUCCAUCCGUUUAUAGAAGCUCUGCUACCGUUCGUCAAGUCUUUCUCGUAUACGUGGUUCAAUCUACAGGCAGCCAAGCGGAGAUACUACAAGAAGCACGAGAAGCGAAUGAGCCUCGAAGAGGAAAGACAGUGCAAGGAAGAACUGCAGAAUGAAAAAUUAGAAGUAAAACAGAAAUGGGCCUCGAGAUUGUUGGGGAAAUUAAGAAAGGACAUAACGCAGGAAUACCGAGAGGAUUUUGUUCUUAGUAUAACCGGAAAGCGGCCAGCGAUGUGCGUCCUCAGCAACCCUGAUCAAAAGGGCAAAAUGCGUCGGAUCGACUGCCUCCGCCAGGCGGACAAGGUCUGGCGGUUGGAUUUGGUAAUGGUGAUACUAUUCAAGGCGAUUCCCCUCGAGUCGACGGAUGGCGAGAGAUUAGAGAAGACAGCGGAAUGCGCCCAGCCCGGCCUAUGCGUUAAUCCUUAUCACAUCAAUGUCUCCGUCCGAGAGUUAGACCUUUACUUGGCUAACUUCAUCACCAGCCACGAGGUUCUCAAUGGAAUCUGCAACACUAGCAAAGACGAAGAAAGGAGACGAAAAGGUGGUUAUCACGAACUCUACAACGGUGUCGUCUGCAACGACACGAUCCUGGCAACGGGUGUCUUCAGUUCCAAAGAGCUAUGGAUGCUCUCGAAAGCUUCCAUACUACAUGACCUCAGCGACAUGCAGCCCCAAAUAAACUCGAUCAAAAUAGAGCACCCGCCGUACUACUGCAGCAGCUACACACCGCCAUCAGCCGCUUCUGCGGACCAUGCACAACCUGCGGCUAGCUUCAGCCCCCCGCCUGUGCAUCAGCUGAUAAGAAAUGACAACAAGACUGAAAAAGCACCGACGGUAUCUGUCUCGAGUGCUUCGAACUUUUCGCCCGUCUUGAGGCCGGAGGAUGCUCACCGAGGCGUUGACUCUCCGCACUCUCAGACCGGGUUACAUUCUCCUCACGAAGCAUUAGCUGGUGGUUCGGGACAGAGCAUGUCGGGUCUGGCUUAUUAUCAACCUGAGCACCCUGGAACAGCGGCGGCAGCCAAAUACCCAGAAAAUGGUCACGACACUCUCUCGGAUUUUGUCACGUUUGUUUGUCAAGAGGCUGAAAAUACCCAGCAGCUACCUCAGACGCAGCUCGCUGGAACCCGUGGUGGCAUACAAAAGUUUUCACAGUAUUACCCAAGCUCGAUGUUACCGCCCCCGCCGCCCGCCCCAAUGGCGCGACCAGUCGCCAUCAUAAGGUCUACAGGGGAGCUGACGGUAGCGACGGCCGGAUCUCCGCCGACGUCGUCGACCUCUCCGAACGAUCCGGGGGACCUCGGGGCCAGUCCGGAGCAGAUGGCGGCCGCCGGUCUGGUCAGCUCCUCGUGCCAAGGCUCCAUCGACCCCGGCGACAGGAAAAGCCCAGCAAGGAUCCUCGUCGCCGCGCCUCACACGAGUCGGGAGUACACCUUUGCCCAUUUUCACUCUCAGCCCGGUCAGCAAAUAUUCACCUAUCCUACCAUCAGCUCGAUGUCUGGUGUCAUUUCGCCGACCAAUUUGUCCCUCUUCUCGUCGCCCGCUUCCGUAAGUCGACCUGUCGCUACGCAGAGAUCGGUUUCCAACGUGCCACCCCGUUGGAGCGCUGCACCCUUCAUCAACUUGGAAGACGACUACAACAUGAUGGCCCCUAUAAUCGCUGGCACAGCCAGCGAACCUCCCUCGGCGAUGGACGAGGACCGGUACUUUCAUUCGGUGCACGCGAACAGUGGGAUGGAUAAAAGCGGUAAUGGCGGAAUGAUGGGAACCGAGCUUGGAGUGGGAAAUGAUCCGUCGAGUCACCAUCAUCACCAGCAGCAGCAGCAACAGCAGCAACAACAACAGCAACAACAGCAGCAACAGCAGCAACAACAGCAGCAACAACAAGUGAUGCAGGAUAAGUCUUGUCGGCCGAAGUCUUCUCCGUGACACCGGGGGAUUUCCCAUCUUCUUCAUUUCACCGCAUACUCAUCCCCGCUUGUCUGCAGCAACAGCAGAUUUCCGUUCAUUGUCAUUUACAUACUGAUCGCUGCUGAUCACCACCACCUGUACCACCAUCAUUUUCCGUCGUACGGAAGGUGCCUUUUCAUCGUCACACACGCUAUUUUGAUAUCAACAGUUCUCCUUCAGUCGUCUGCAUCAUGAUAUGCCCACGUUUGCCUUUGAUAAAUAUACGAGGAGAGCAUAUCGACGGCCGCGUGGAAAAACCUGCUAUCUCGGGUUUCGAUUGAAGAACCGGAUACUUCGGAUGUUCGUGCAAAGAUUACCUACUUUAUCCACCGAUUCAAAUCUCCAUUCGGAACUUUUUCUCUUUAAUGGGCAUAUUUUCCCACCUCGCUCCUGUACGUGGAAAUAUAAUAUUAUUAUUAUUAUAUCCCCAAAACGGAGCUCGCAUGAAUUUUGGAACACAACCGCGAGUUUAGUAUGGAGUCUGACAGUGCUACCAACUAAAUUUGCGAUGGAAAAAUUUCACGAAUGAGAUAGCCGUUUUUUUAAGCUUAGCUCUAGAUAGCCGGUUCUUCAAGCGCAAUUCGAAAUAGCCACUUUUUCCACGCGGUAGUCGAUAUAUUAUAGUUUUGUCACCACUACGAUAUUAUAUAGAACGUCUAAAUUAUUGUUAAUCCGUAUUCGCGGUUUAAUUUGAAGAAAAAAAUAAGAGUAAUAAUAAUAAACAAUAAAAGUAAUAAUAAUUUUAAAAAAACGUCGCUCUCCACGCCGGACUGAAACCUGGGUACCUGUGAAAGAAUCUUUAUUCAUUUCCAAAAACUCGUUUUCGGUUACUCACUCCCAACGCUUGUAUACCUGUUCAUGUAUUUCCGACGUAAUCGGUAGGUAUAAUAUCAUUCAAUCAUUCGUUGAUGUUUUUCUCAGCUGUGCAGCCACCGCAAUACUUCGAAGAUUACAGCGCCAUGUCCCACCUUUUAUACCCUGUUUUAAUUUUGCAAACUACACACAUGCACAUAAUAUCGUUUACCAGAAAAACGAGCAAGGCGGAAAAAAGGAAUUUUCUAUACGCACACAAAUCGAGCCGUGUAACUUUCUUCACUCAUCUCUGCAGAACGCGUAUUACAAAAGUUUCGAAAGUAUGUACCAGGUUUUAUUUCUAUAUGCAUAUACAUAUAUACACAGACAUGGUACAUAUAUAUGUAUGUAUAUAUAGUAAUAUUAAGUAAUGUAAGUUUAGCAACCAUGACUCAGAGGAAUGAAUAAUUCGUGACGCUUAAUUGUGAUAUUAAUUUUUUUGUUUCCCCCCCUAAAUUCAUACACUUGCAGUAAAAGUGUAACGCGUUCAAGUUAUAUAUCGUAUACAUCUACAUGUGUGUACAUAUAUGUAUACAUAUAUGCACACGUAGACAAAAAUUAUAGAUAUACCAAUAUACAAUAACGCGAUUGGUAAUUUGCUCAAUAUCCCAAUGCCAAGCAAUUAAAUAUUAAAAACGCAAUUAGCGAUCGUGUUGAAAGAUUCUUCCGCGCAGAGUAUAAAACCGAUCGUUCUUCCAUCGUUAGCCAAACUCUUUUCGUCCAUGUCCGGCGGUGUUAUGGUUCUCAACGGUUAUUAUUAUUUUUUCUCUCUCACUACUAUCGUUACAUUUCAAGUAAAUUUUACUCGACUAUUAUUUCGUUUUUUCUUCUGUAUUUGUUUUUUGUUGUUUGUUUUGAUUUUUUGUUCGUUUGUUUGCCUUUUUUUUGGCUUCAAACGUAUCUAGUCAAGUGUACAUGCGAUUGUCAAUUGAUAGAAUAUUUUUCUAAUAAUCUUAGAGUACGUGCGGGACGGUACAAAAGUUAUUAUCAUGUUGUGUUACGUUAUACAAUUAAUUAUUAUAUAAUAUGUCGACAAACGGAAAAAAAAACAAAAAAAAAAAAAACUUGUAAAAAAAAUGAAAAGAAAAUAAGGCGACAAAAAAAAAAGUUACACUUAUUUUUAUUUCGCAAAACGCGAUGCAAUAAAUACUUGAUAAUGAUAAUGAUAAUAAUAUUAAUAAUAAUAAUUGAUAAGAAUAAUAAUAUUAAUGAUGAUGACGACGAUGAUGACGGCGAUGAUUGAUAACAAGGUAAAUGAGAAGAGGAUUAAAUUUUAAAUUAAAAGAAAAAAAAACCACGUGAGUUAGAUGUAAAAAAAUUUCUAUUAAGUAGUACGAUGUAUUUAUUUUGCAUUAGAAAUUAACAAAAGUUGUAUAGGUCUGUACAGAAGCAAAGGAAGGAAAAAGAGAAGACAAUUCCUUUUUAACGGACAUGGAACGGGAGUGUGUAGUCAUUAACAAGUUCGUCGAACAAUUAAUUGUAUAUGCCUAAUGCUCAGGCUAGUGCUAACACUAGUUUAAGACUAGUGCGCGGCUAGUCACCAGAGGCUGCUAGAUAGAAACAAAAUUCAUGAUAACUAUUAUUAAUGAUUAGCGAUUAAAAUAGUAUAACAGUAAGAUUAUACAUAUAUUAUAUAUUAUACAUAUACUAAAAUUGCAAACCAACGGCAGAUAUCCUAUAAUACCCAAAUAUGCUUCCUAACCUAUAUCGAAUACCUAUACCUAUAGCGUAUAUACCUACAUUAUAUUUAUUCUUUCUAUAUACCAACCACUUACCGAAUACUAUUAAAUUAAAUCAUUAUUUACGUUAUUCGCGAAAGCUUGUUAUAUUAUAUACCUUAUACAAACUUAUUUAGAAUAAACUGAAAGAGUGCGCUUCCAUGCAAUUCGUGAAACAUAUACCGCUAUACAAUUUCUAUAAACGCGCCAAUGAACUGUUAAUUGUUUCUUGAGGUUGUGAAAUACCAGAAUUAAAGCAACAUGGUAAUAUGAAUAAACAAAGGUAUUUGAAAGACCAUUUAUCUGUUGGUGUAAAUUCUCUUAUUUGAAUUUCGUUUUUAGAUAGACAUAGUUGACGCAAGCUUUUUCUUUUGUACAAGGAACAAAGUUUUUUUCGUUACGAGCGUAUAAUAAUAAUAAUAAUAAUAAUAAUAAUAAUAAUAAUAAGUUUACAUCGAGCAGAAUCUAAUCUCAUAUGAAAACGAGAUUCCGUACAGUUGGAAUUUAUGUUAUUAAUUUUCACCAUAUCACACCGUAUACAGUUGCGACGUGAUGACUUGUCCAAGAUCCUGCGGGAACCAAAUUAAAGAUAUAAAAUCGUCGAUGCACUUACGGAGUUCGAGAUGCGACGAUAACUGCUCGAGAAAAGCGGAGAAGCAAUAUUUUUAUAGAUAAAACUAUUAGAACGCGACCAAAACGUAGCAGUAAAUAAAUAGACGGUUAAAAUGCAAAUGAUAAACAUAAUUUAGCAUUUAUGUACGUGAAAACCUAUCUCGGAGCACACAAAUGAAAAUAAAAAUCAACGCAUCAAAAUUAUUCCAAAGAUAUUUUCUCCCACGUUUAAAAACUCAUUAUUUACCAGUAAUUCUCAUACGAGUACGAUAAAUAGUAUCGCAAGUACAAGGUACCCGCAGAUAUCUUCUUCUAAAUAAAAUGGUCUAAUUCUUUCUAAAUUGGUUGCCGAUUUUAAACAAAAGGCGUACGUGUUAAUUGAACUCUUCAAUUUACGGCAGGCACUGUUUCAGUUGAUACUAAUUUCGUAUACCUAUAAACCUACAUACAUAUUUAUGUAGCGUACUAUGGUAAUAUUGAAUAUAAAAGUCAUACAACUUUUAGUAUUACUGCUAAACUACUACUACUACUACUACUACUACUACUGCUGCUGCUAUUACUACUACCACAUACUGUUACGACUACUACUACCGUUGCUAGCACUAAUACUAUUAAUACUACUACUACCACUACUAAUACUACAACUACUACCACUACUACCGUUACCACCAUUAUUACUACUACCAUAAUUCGAAGUAACGUAUACCGUACCAUAGAAAAGAAAAUAAAUUAAUAUAAAGAUGAAAAAAACUUACACAUACAGACACACGAUGUAAAUAUUAUUCAUAAAAUGCUGCGUAAUUAUUACGCGGUAUUAUAAAAAUUGUGCUCGUUGACUGUAAGGUUAAGCAAUAUCGCUAAUUACUAACAAAACUGCAAUUACGCAAGUUAUACCAAUAUCAUGUGAAUUAUUAACAAUGAAAAAUUAUUGUGUCUAGUGUUUUCGCAAACGAGAUGUAAAACGUUUCUACUCUAUAUGCCUCAAGUAAAAAUCGAUGGCACAAUUAUACGUCAUCAAUCUGUUCAAUUUUUUUCCCAAAAAAUUAUACUAAUCUCUCAUGUAAUAUUGGAAAAUUUGAAAAGAAAAAAUGUUUGCAAUGCUUUGCAGUCUUCGAAGUAACGAUUUAGGUGGAGCUAAUUCUUUAAAAAAUUCAUUAUUUUGGUUGAAUUGAACUCGACUGAAGAAGACAAGUAGCCGCAGUGAAAUUGUAACCAGUGCGUGCAAACUUAUAGACUCGAAAGUUUCUCACUGUUAGAAAUUUAUCCUGAUACUCUAAAUGAAGAGUGCAAAAUACGCGGAUCCACCGCUAUUGGCUGCGAUCCAAGACCGUUUAGGAACGAUGUUUAUAAUUGCGAUGAAUCACGAUUGUAUGAAGCCCAAUAAUGCAUCUCAAUUCGUGUAAUCUUUCAUACUGAUGCAGAUAACGACGAUAACAACAGAAAGUUUUGCUUGUAAUUACCACUUGAUAAGCAGAGUGGCUGAAUCGGCGAAUUGGGAUCCAAAAUAUGAAAAGACGCCAUCUCGCGGAUGAAAAUGUAUUACGCUAACCCCAGGACGUAUUUGAUGAUAAAAUUCGUUAAUUAAUCGUGAUUUCUCUAGUUAUUGUUGCAAUGCAAUAAAAAAGAAGUCUAACCGCUUGCACUAAGGUCAUUGUCUCCUUGUAUUCGUAUCAUUUAGCUGUGGAUUUGACCUAAACGAUCAGCUGAUAAGCCAGUUGUGACGCCAUAUUGCUCAGCCACGAUUACACCAAGUUGGAUCCCAAUUUUGAGCCUACGGUUCUAAAAUCUCUAAUCUAAUCUGUCAUUCUAGAAAACUGACAACUAAUAUUUGAUAACAGAUUGACGCAUUUGAAAAUUUACGCUUAGAUUGUUAUCAAAUUUUCAAUAUUUCACAUACCACGGAACUUAUGCAUGGAUUAUAACAUAGAAACACCCCUUACUUUUGUAUUUUUUUAGUGUUUAUAUACCAAGGGAGAGAAAAUUGAAAUAAAUAUUACAAAUUAUUCGUCGAUUUUGAUGAUAAAACGUGAAAAUUUUUUUAUUCUUUUUUUUUUUUGCAAACAACCGAUUUUUCAUACAAGAGAAAAGUAAAUCAAGAAGCGCUUUCAACCGUAACAGAAUCCGUUGGCAUUUGUUUUUGUCAUCAACAAUAAUAUACUAUUAAUAGGCCACUCUGAAUAUAGAUAAAUAGCGAUAGACUCGAAACAAUUAUACAUAGCUUAACAAUUGAUUAUGAAACGAGCCCUUAACCGAUAACAACAAGUCUAUACAUAGUUAAUAUUACUCAUAAAUAAUUAAUGAAUAACAAUAUUGAUAAUAAUAAUAAUAAUAAUAAUCAUAAUAAUAAUAAUAAUAAUAGUACUAACAGUAACAAUGAAAAUAAUCUUAUUAACAUAAAGAGCAUAAAGAAUUACGACGAAAAUGAUCGCGAUCAUGAUGAUAAUGAUAUUAAUAACAAUAAUGUGAAUUAUUAUUACUAUUAAUAUAGCAACAUGCCUAUGACGGUAUAUAUGUAUUUAUAAUAUACAUACAUACAUACAUGUAUAUAUAUAUAUAUAUAUAUGUAUGUAUACAAAUAUAUACAUAAAUAUACACAAAUCCAUAUAUACAUAAUUAUAUUAUAAUAAAUGCAAUAAUAUAUUUAUCGAAUAUUUAUUGAGCAGAAAUUACAUAAAAAUUGUGUAGUAUUAUUGUACAAAGUAGAAAAGAAGAGAAUGAAACGUUGUUUUCCUCUUUGCAUUGAUUUUUUGUUUGGAUCGUUUGGUCCUAUAAUUUAUGUAUUUUCGUAUCACGAUCAUAUAUUUAUGUGUCUUUUUUUUCUUUUCUUACGAUCGUGAACGAAGUUCAUGUUAUACAUCAGGGAUUAGACUAAAUAUAAUACGUAGUAUAAUGUGCUUCAUUGAGCGAGGAAGAAUAAGGCAAGCAAGUGAAGUUUCUUUUCUAUUAAUAUUUAUUUUUACGUGAAAAAAACAAACGUGUAUAAGAAGUCAAACCUGUCUGAUCAUAUUCGAUUGAGAUUUGAUAUUAAAUUGAUAGUGCGGGCGAAUAUACAGAACUAUUCGAUUACAGCUUUUGUAAUUUAAGAUCGGGAUAUUGAUCUGCCUAUUUUGGCGAUAACGUAUAUAUAUAUAUACAUUCCACACGUUAUACAUGAGUAUGCAUAUGUAUAUACAUAUAUGUAUAUAUGAGUAUGCAUAUAUAUAUAUACAUAUGCAUACUCAUGCAUAACGUGUAGAAUGGCAGAUGAGCUGCGUGACUGAUGGAAUUAUUAUAGUGAUGGAGACUGCAAAUCGUAAGUGAAAACGAAGGACAGAACUGAUAACACCGCGAGUCCACGAGUAAAUAAUUUUAAUAACGAUGACGAUAAUAAUGUUAAUAACAAUAAAACUAAUAAUAAUAAUAACUACAAUAACAAAAAAAAAAAAAAUAAAUAAAUUAAUGAUAGCAUGAUAAUAGUACGAUCUAUUGAGGAAAGUAUUAUUAAUUUUUCAUUUAUUAUAAUUGGUGAUUUUCCAUUGUAUUGCUAUAUUAUUAUUGUAAAAUAUAAUGUACGUCAAUACGAUAUAAUCACCGAAAAAUCGCGCUGUAAUGUCGAGGAAUUUAGCACCGCAGUAUAUAAAUAUAUACCUUACUCCGCCAUUAUAUAUCCCGUGUCCAUAAUGUUUGAAAUAAUAAUUGAUAUUAUGUAUUACAUAUAUAUCCGACAAUAUUAAUCAUUAAAAUUCUUAGUACAUAUAUAAAGACAACUUGUUACGUUUAUGCGCAAUGGUUAAUGUACAUUAUAUAUGCGUGAAAGUUUUGUAGUGUGCGACGUACCUCGUUGUAGUCCUCCUUAAUUUUCAAUACAAUUGAACUUAUAACAAACUACAAAUAUGGGGAUAAAAACAGAGAAAUUUUUUAUUACAAUUACUGGGAUUUACAUAUUGAAAAUUAAUUGAAAUGCCGAAAUCGUAUACGGUUUAAAUACAUACAUGUAUACUUGUUGUUAUUUGAAUUUCAAUCGAUAUUCUCAGAAGUCGGGAAUCAUGUAAUUCGGAAACCAUUUCACCUCUACCUUGUAUACUCUUUAUGCUUUUCUAUUUAUAAAUUACAUAAUACUUAUGAUUCAUUCCGCCAAUACGAUUAUCGUAAAGGACCUCCCAAUUCAUUUACGGCCUGAGAUGAUUUUCUGAGGAACAAUUCACAGUUCAACUGAUUUUUUUUUUCACUCUGUAGCACUAAAAGACGUACAAUUAACAAUUGCGUGAAAAUAGGGUACGCGCAUAAGAUCUCAAUUUUAUUGAUAACCCGAUUCCUCGAAAUCGAUAAACAACAUCCUUUGUUGUCGUAUAAAUACUUUUAUUUCGGUACAAGUAUUUGGAGUAUGCGGAAUGAAUUUGUACUUUGAAAAAUCUCCAUGCUUGCAAUAACCUGAAAUAUUGUAAAACAAUAGCUGUAAAAAUUAUGCCAGUACCCUAUUGAUAUCGUUCGCGUAAUCUGCCCAACUAAAUUUACUAAAUUAUAAUUACGUGAAAAAUGGUUAUAACAAUAUGUGUAUAAUAAGUGUGGUAUUCAUAAAUCAAAUUUGAGACGUUCACGUAUGAAAAGAAUGAUGGAUUCAUCGUUAAUUAGAAAAAAAAACUAUCGAUGCCGGAACCGUGCGAUUUUUAACAAUUCUAUAUUGAACCUGUGGGCAUAUAAAAAUCAGAUCAUUGCCUAACAUAAUAUAUUCUUCUAAUGUAAUCUCGCA